GCCUUUCAAGGAACCUCAGCGCUUCGUCUAAACUGGACACAGCCUUCUUCGCGAUGACGUUCCUAGCUCACAUGCGCGCUACGAAGGCUGCAUACCUUGAAUUUGGAGACUGCCUUCUAAAUUCCUGGCAUCCUCGAGACUGGCGGCGCGAGGGAGCAGAAAGUCUGAAAACAGAAUCAUGCAGGCGUUUUUGAAAGGAACGACGGCCCAGGCAACGAGACCUCAGAAAGACAAGAGUGGAUCCAGCAUCGAGAAGAAAGCCAAACUUAUUCCAUGGGUUGAGAAAUAUAGGCCAAAGCGUGUGGACGAAGUUGCCUUUCAGGAGGAAGUUGUAGCGGUGCUGAAGAAGUCACUGGAAGGGGCAGAUCUCCCAAAUUUGCUUUUCUAUGGUCCACCCGGGACGGGAAAGACAUCUACCAUAUUAGCUGCUGCUAGAGAACUUUACGGGCCAGAACUGUACAAGCAGAGGGUGCUGGAGCUCAAUGCCUCAGACGAAAGAGGAAUUCAGGUCAUCAGGGAGAAGGUCAAAAAUUUUGCUCAGCUCACUGUUGCCGGGUCUCGGCCUGAUGGGAAGCCAUGUCCUCCUUUCAAGAUCAUCAUCCUAGACGAGGCUGACUCCAUGACGGCGCCGGCUCAGGCUGCUCUCAGGAGGACCAUGGAAAAAGAGUCGCGCACCACACGCUUCUGUCUCAUUUGUAACUACAUCAGCAGGAUCAUUGAACCCUUGACUUCCAGAUGUUCCAAGUUUCGUUUUAAACUCCUUGCUAGUCAGGUGCAAGAGGAGCGUCUGCUGGAGAUCUGUGAGAAGGAAAAACUCAAGUACACAAAAGAGAGCAUAUCGGCAUUGGUAACGGCGGCAGAGGGAGACCUGCGGAAAGCCAUCACCUUCCUCCAGAGCGCUGCCCGUCUCAAUGUGGACAAUGAGAUAACAGAAGCUUCUGUCAUUGAAAUAGCUGGGGUUGUUCCUACAAAGAUGAUCGACAGUUUGCUUCAGGUCUGCUUUCAAGGGACAUUUGAAAAACUUGAGGUUGAAGUCCGGAACAUGGUGGAUGAAGGCUACGCAGCCACACAGAUCCUGAGUCAACUUCAUGACUGCAUCAUGGAGCAAGACUUGAGUGACAAGCACAAGUCUGCCAUUACUGAAAAAAUGGCGGUGGUGGACAAAUGCCUGUCAGAUGGAGCAGAUGAAUACCUGCAGUUGCUGAGUCUAUGUUCAGCAAUCAUGCAGCAAGCCCCCCAGAACAACUGAAUGUGUAGCACUACCAAGCAGAACCUUCCACUAGCCAAAAUCACCAAAUCCAGUAUUGUUGACUUUCAGUCCAUUGUUUUGCCUAAGAUGAGCAUUUGUCAAACCCCCCACUGAACGUGUCUUUAUUUAUGUUUUUAGUUAUUUGAUAGAACAUCUCACAAUCCUAUCUUUUCAUGCUUUACUUAUAAAAUAUUACUGCUACCACAUUUACCAUACACCUCAAUCUGACAAAUCAUCAUACACAACAAUUUAGACAUAAUCGUUGACAUGUAAUUCAUGAAAUUCAUGAAAGCGCUGAGGGGCUGGGAUGUAGUGGUGUGCAAUAUCAAUCAAAUAGCAAGUAAAUAUAUCAAAAGUAACAGUACAGGGAAAAGUAAAAGUUAUUCAAUGGCAGUCAAGUUUAACUUUUAAAAUGUGUUUAUGUCAACAUAAAAUACAAACAAAAUCUGCUAUAUAACAAAUGUAAAAUGAAGUACUUAAACGUAUCUUCUCGAAUUAACACCUACCAGCCUGUUUGGAACAACAAAAUAAAUGUGUAACAACUAGUUGACUAAUACUACAUUAACAAAAUAACUUAAAAAAGAACACAGUACAGUACAAGUUCAAUGUGAAUCUGUAACAUCCGGUCCACUAGCGGCAUCAAUUUACGUCUACGCAGCAAUUGGCUGCCGAAUCAAAACGAAAAGAAACGAGUAGCGACGAUGCUCGUAUCUGAGUAAAAGUCAUUGUCUUUAGAAAAUAUAGUCAAGUAAAAGGCGCUAGCAAAAAUAGUAACUUACAAACAUUAAAAAACGACGUAAGUAUGAUGACAACACUGAUGAAAAGAGCACAGUGUACAUGCUCUGCGGCUGCGCAGCGACAGCGACAGGAACUACACGCUCGCUCACAGUUUUACGGGGAAAUCGAUUCAGAUGUUGAUAGUGUCGACAUCCGGGAAGUAUCAAUUUCCUGUCGCGACUAGUGUGAUGAGAUCGAUAUAUUUCUGUUUUCUUGGACAGUUUUUUUUCACAAAUAUGUGUUGUUCACAUUGUUAUAUUUGGGGACAAAAACAUUGAUU